AUGGAUGUAUGUGGUCACACAACACUCUUGUGUGAAUACAAAGAAAAGAUGUACGUUUUGCGAUUUUAUGUCAUUGAUAGUGAUGAAUGCCCCAUACUUGGAUUGAAAGCUUGUCAAGAAUUGAAUCUCAUCCAACGAGUGAAUGAAAUGAAACUAACCACAACUGAAUCCAUAAUGCAAGAGUAUGCAGAUGUGUUUGAUAAUAAGACACUUGGAUGCCUGCCAGUACAGCAUACAAUCAACCUUAAAGAGGACGCUAAACCAGUAAUCCAUGCACCGAGGAAAAUUCCUGUCGCUAUACGCAGUAUAGAUGUCGCUAUAUGCAACAUCUAGGAGUUAUUGAACCUGUCGAAGAGCCAACAGAUUGGGUGUCGUCUAUGGUUACGAUCACAGAGCCAAACAAGACACGAAUUUGUUUAGACCCAAGAGAUUUGAACAAUACAAUCAAGCGAGAGCACUAUCCGAUGCCCACGAUAGAAGAGAUUGUAUCAAGAUUACCACAAGCAACUGUUUUUUCCCCACUUGAUGCAACCUGUGGCUACUGGCAAAUACCUGUCGAUGAGAAAUCGUCUAAGUUACUUACAUUUAACACUCCAUACGGCCGUUUUCGUUUUCGUCGUUUACCCUUUGGAAUAUCAUCAGCAUCUGAAGUCUUUCAAAGGACGAUGAAUCAACUGUUUGGAGACAUAAAGGGAUGCGAGAUCAUUGUGGAUGAUAUCCUGAUCUGGGGUAGAGAUGAAGUUGAACAUGACGAUCGCGAAUGCCUACUAAAAGUGCUAGAAAGAGCAAGAAAGAACUUCGUCGGUUCCUCGGAAUGGUUAACUAUUUGGCUAAAUUUAUUCCUGACCUAGCGCAGAAUACAAGCGUCAUAAGAGAUCUAAUUAAAGAGAGAAACGAAUGGACAUGGCAACCUGAACACCAGAAAUGUUUCGAUGACCUGAAGACAGCAUGUUCAAGUCAACCAACACUAGUCUACUAUGACGUCAACAAACCCGUAAAGAUAUCAUGCGAUAGCAGCCAAUAUGGACUUGGUGCCGUGUGUUUGCAAGAUGAAAAGCCAGUGGCGUACCCCUCACGCACUCUCAACGACACCGAAAAACGAUAUGCACAAAUAGAAAAAGAUUUGUUGGAAAUAGUGUACGCCUGUGAGCGUUUUCACCAAUACGUUUACGGACGAACAGUACAGAUCGAAAGUGACCACAAACCACUGGAGUCAAUAUUCCAGAAACCGCUUUACCAAAGCCCACUUCGGUUACAGCGCAUGCUUCUUAAGCUCCAAAGAUACGACCUGAAAGUGACUUACAAGAAAGGAACUCAGCUCCACAUCGCAGAUACCCUCAGUCGGGCGUGUCUCAACAACACAGAUCAAGAAACUGAAUUUGAAGACCUAACGGUUCAUCCAACCAUCCCAUUCUCCGCAGAGAAGAGUGAACAACUUAAGGCGGCAACACUCGCUGACCCAACACUAACAGCACUACGCAAAAAAAUCCUAGAAGGUUGGCCAAAUGAAAAAAGAGCAGUAGAUCCAAGCAUUACUGGGACUUCUCUGAAACACUUUCUAUCUACGACGACAUAA